GUAGUCAGGAGAAGGAUUCGGUCACUCCCCCUUGAUGCUGCGUAUGCAAAUCACUUGGUUUUCCGGAGUUCCUUGAACUCUAAGUCGCAGAAUGAUGGGGACCGCCGGGCACAGAAGGCACUAUAAAAACGUGGAAAAUAAUAGGAUACCUCACUCGUGAGUAUAUUCAGCGUAAUGCGCGGAAGAGGCAAGCGACGAUACCGUUAAUCGUGGGUGUUGAUACAGCUGUCCCACGCCUGGUGUGGCAGAGAAUAAAAGAAGGGGUCAACAGAGACAAGCCCUGGAGUUGUGCGGAGUGUGGCUGGGUUUGGUGAUCCUCUUGGAGGACGCAUAUUACCGUAACACAGAACAGCACAGGAGCCAGCCCCAGGACCAGAGGGGAAGGCAGCAAAAGAGACCAUCAGCACGGCGGUGGCACAGAAGGAAUGACACCAGAGGGAAAAAGUCCCAGAGGGGCACCGGUAGCCCCUCCUGAUGGAGGCUGGGGAUGGAUGGUUGUGGCCGGCUGCUUCCUAGUCACCAUCUGCACCCGUGCCGUCACUAGAUGUGUGUCAAUCUUCUUUGUGGAGUUCCAGAUGCACUUUGGUCGGGACUACUCUGGCACGGCCUGGAUCCACUCGCUAGUCGACUGCACCACCUUCCUCUUUGCUCCUCUUGGCAGCUUCAUCGGGAACCGCCUGUCCACCCAAGCCACUGUGAUCAUGGGAGGCAUCCUGUCCUCUGCCGGCCUGAUCCUCAGUUCCUUUGCCACCAGUCUGGAGUACCUCUACCUCACCCUGGGCGUCCUCACAGGGUUGGGAUUUGCCCUCAGCUACACUCCAGCGGUGGCCAUGGUUGGAUCCUAUUUCAACGAGAGGAAAGCACUGGCCUAUGGGAUGGCAAUGUCUGGGACUGGGAUUGGGACCUUCAUCCUGGCCCCUGCUGUGCAUCUCCUGAUUGAACAUUACUCCUGGAGGGGGGCCUUGCUGAUUCUGGGAGGGUUUGUGUCCAACCUGUGUGUCUGCGGGGCCCUUAUGAGGCCCCUGGUGCCUAAAGGUAGAGGACAGAGGUGGCACAAGACAGCAGAGCUUGAGAAUGGGUAUGCCAUCCCACCGGUGGAUGCCAAGCUAGCAGAAGGGAAGGUAAUGGACACAACACUUCCAGGCUUAAAGCUGUUGGACCCCAAUACAGAGGUUGUGAAUGUAACAGAUGUUAAGCUUGAAACUGAUAAACUUGCAGAAAUUAAACUCACUGAAAUGAAACUAGCAGAGGCACUCCUUGCGAAUGUACAACUAGCUGACUCGAGGCUGGCAGACAUGACAAUAGUAGAGGGCAUGGUUGUGAAUGUGAAUAGCGCGCUAACAGAGAAAAUGCUUGAAGAGAUCAAGCUAGCGGAUCAAAAUCUAGCUAACGGGAAGCUGAAGGACAUUAAACUAAUGGAGAACCUUGUCAUCAGUAGCCAGCUCGCUGAUGUUAAGCCUGUAGACACAAAGGUUGCUGAUGCAAAACUAGCAGAGUUAGUAGAUGCCAAGGUUCUGGCUGGCCUGGCUGCCCCUGGGCCAACUGGUCCUCUGGCAGGGCCUAAGCUGGGAGGGUGCCUCUGUCUUCAGUCAAUGGAGGAGUAUAGCUUCCUGCUGAUGCCUGACUUCAUGCUGCUGUCCGUGUCCUUCCUGUUCCUGGCGUACGGCUGCAGUGUGCCCUUUGCCUACCUGGUGCCUUAUGCCCUCAGUGUGGGCGUGGAGCACCAGCAGGCUGCCUUCCUCAUGUCCAUCCUGGGGGUCACCGGAAUCGUAGGAAACAUCACGUUCAGCUGGCUCACUGACAGGAAGUGUGUGAAGAAGUACCGGAAAGUGAGCUUCAUGUUUGCUGUGGGUAUGGAGGGUCUCUCCUGCCUCCUGAUUCCUCUGCUACGUUCCUUCACCCUGCUGGUGCCUUUCUCCAUGCUUUAUGGCUAUUUUGAUGGUGCCUACUCUGCCCUCAUACCAGUGGUGACGUCUGACUUGGUGGGCUCAUCGUACCUAUCCUCAGCCCUGGGUGUGGUCAACUUCUUACAUGCCAUACCAUACCUGGUUAGCCCACCAAUAGGAGGCUGGUUGGUGGACUGGACUGGUGACUAUACUGCAGCAUUCUUCCUCAGUGGAUUCUCUCUUAUCCUCAGCUCACUCUUUCUGGCUACUGUCAUGCUGAUCCAACGAUGCUGGGGACCACAAACAUUCUCCACCAGCGAUGCCGAUUCAACAUUCACCUCCUUGAAGAAUGGCCAACGUACAAGGCAGCACAUGAUGAACCAAAGCUAGCAGGGACCGUCCCUGCAUGUUGAGACAUUUUUGUAAGCAUUUUUUAUUGUGUGUGGAUAUUACUGUAAUACCAAAGUGUGUUGUUCCUUAAUGGAAGCAAAGCAAUAAUGUUCCAGGAACAACAAAAUGCAGUUAUUCCUCUCAACGUGAACUUGUGAAAAUCCUAUAACACCAUCACAAAUUCUGUGUUGAUUACCAGUCAGGAAAAGUUACCCUAUUUGGUUUUGUUUUUAAAUAAAAGUUGAUUAAGAAUUGGUGGCUCUGUAGAAUAACACAUCACUUAGUACCAGUGUUUGUUUAUUAUUUUGAAGAUUAUGACUACAUUAAACAUGCAAUAUAACACCAAAGUUAUGCAAUAAUAACAUAUACAUUUGUGUAUAACAUUAAAUAGAUUGCACUAAAAUUCACUGAAGAGAAGCUAUUUGUACUGGGCAUGUCCAUGUAAAAGGACCCAUGAGCACCACCACGAGAAAAGCAUAGGAGCAUGUCAAAUGAAAGCUAAGAGUCUAUAAAGUAAGGCAUAUUUACGUUUUCAACCAUUUUCCAUCCUAAAAAUCAGCAACGGCUUUGAUUUCUGGUCAGAUGGAAAAAGUCUAAAAAGUUCUUUGAAAUACUGUGCAUCAAAACCCAAAAUUUGAACCAAUCAUAGACAUCUAUGUUUCACAAGUUUGGAUAGCACAGUACAGUACAGUGAAGCACAGUAGAGUACAGUACAGAAAAGUAUAGUUCAGUACCAUAGAGUACACUAUAGUAUACUCUAGAGUAGACUAUAGUGUAAUGUAUUGAACUGUACUCUACUGUGCUGUUCUGUGAUGUCCAAACUUGUGAAGCAUAGAUGUCAGUGAUUGGUUCAGAUUUGGUCUGGUCCAGACCAACCAAAUGUUGUCUUGUUUGCGGGCGGAGCUCAUUAGAAUAAUAGCCAGUGUGUAGAAUAAUACCCAAAUAUGCAAAAUAAGGAUAUUGCAUAAUUAUUCCUUUGUGUACCUAUUCAGGAUACAUCACCAUGAACAGAAUGACACUCAUAUCCAUAAUUAAGCAUUUCUGUGUUGUACAGAUCAGGGACUCAUGCUGUAAAUCCAUUACCAUAAUUCCGUUACCAGAUGUAAAUCCACUUCACUUCAAUAACCAAAAUAUUUUUUCCCCAAGCUCAAGGUGUCAUGUCAGAGAUAUUUAACAGUUUUGGGAAAACUGAGGGAGAUUUUUAAACUUUAAAAUCAGUGGAUUUUCUUUGGCAUACAUUCUAAUGCAAAAACUCUGAGUCAAAGCGUAAUUCCGUUAUGGUGGAAUUUCUCUACUGUGACUGGACACAUCACUUUGUAGUGUUGUUCACAAAGUGCGUUAUAAACCCACACUGUGAAAUAUGGACUUGUGUUUCACAUAUACUAAUACUACGAUGUCACUCAAGACCAAACAGAGCCAUGGAUGUUCAAAUGGUGGCUUCCCCCCCCAAAAACAAGUGAUCAAUGAUUCCUUCACCUGCUGCUGUGUUUGAAAAUAUGAGUUGAGAUGUAUCCAUAUUUUGAAAGAGAAGAAUGUUUUUUUUUUUUGUUGCACAUUAAUGCCUACAGGGACAAAAACACCAUGAAUGCCUACAUUUCCUAUGUGUUUAUCUUCACCUUUUCUAAUGACAUAUAUUUAUCAAUUGAUAAACAUGAAUAUGAUGCCUUGUUGGGUUGCCGUCAAGCAGCAUGGUCAAUAUUUGUACUAUCGUAGAGAGUUAUAAUGACAGCCUUGAGUCUUCCUCUGAAAGUUCAGAACUCUUUUCUAGUUUUAAAUUGUUUAAACAUGUUAUUUUGUUGAACGCACAUCUAUUAGUUCCUUUUCUGAUGAUGUGGUGUUGAGAUAAAGCAAAUUGAUGUUCAUUUGGGGAA